AUGAUCGCAGUGCAAGCACACAAAAAAGACAAGGACAGAGAAGCGGUGUUUGUCGACACGGCAACAAUGAGCAAGUCGUACGAAGUAGGUCAACAGCGCGAAGAGCAAGAGUUGGAAUGUCAGCGACAAGAUUUGAAAAGGCACGAAGCGACAGGAAAUGGCACGGAACGACCGAAGAGGUUAUAA